UUGCGUGCUUCGUUAUACAGUGGUAACCAUUGGCCUAGUGUGGGUAACCUCGCGAGCCACACGUCGUCGCGUCCCUGCUUCUAACCGCCGGUGGCUUGAGAGGUGAAACGGUCGACCAGCACGGCGAGGUCCCCCCUUCCUUCACUUCUCCUUGCUGGAUUCCCUCGCCGUCGCGUUGAUUGAUGCUUUCUUGGCCCUGCAGCGUCGACGCCCGCCACAUGUUCGACGGAAUGCCUAUGGGUGGAAGCCGAAGGCAAGUGGCUGUGUCGGGCGGCAGCAUUGACGCUCUCCCGGAUGACAUUCUCGGGCACAUCCUUGGCUUCUUGCCGGCGCCGGAGGCCGUCCGGACGUGCGUGCUCGCCCGGCGCUGGCGUGUCUUGUGGAAGCGCGCCACGAGCCUGCGCAUCACGUGCAUCGCCGACCGCUUUGAGGAAACGGAGACUGUGAAGGAGCGCUAGAAGUUUGUGGACCACCUUCUGCGCCUCCGUGGACACACGCCUCUCCAAAUGUGUGACCUCAGGUUCAGUCGCUUCCACGACGACGACGACGAGCUCCUCCUGAAUUGAUGGUUCUGGCAUCUUGUUACGUGCGGAGUUGGGAUGUUCAGGCUUGAGAACAUUUGGCUUGACGGCUUUCCUUUGGAAGACAUUCCUCUCGUCUCCCAGCACUUGACGAGGCUGGAUUUCGUUGGUGUCUACUUGAGAAACAUGAUGUGUGACUUCUCGAGCUGUCCGUCUCUGGAACAUCUGGAGAUUGACACCUGCUAUUGGUGGAGUGACAUCAACAUCUCAUCGAAAUCCCUGAAACACCUAGUCAUUACAAAUUGUGAUUUGGGCAUAGGGCUCCGCACUCUUAUUUAUGUCCCGAAUCUUGUUUCACUAAUGCUAGAUGGCCAUUUGUCAGGCGCUCCUGUUCUUGGGUGCAUGCCGUCAUUACAAGAUGCAUUUGUUAGGGUCACUCGUGUGGACAAUCCUGGUAGUUACUCUUGGGAAUGUGAGUACAAGGGCUGCUACUCUUGUUACGGUAUUGUACAUGACAACAACAUGUGUUUCCUUCUGGAAGGGUUAUCAGGAGCUCAAAAUUUGGCAUUGAUAUCUGAACCCAACACGUUUGUUUUCGGAAGGGAUUUGAAGCUGUGCCCCACAUUUAGCAAGUUAAAGAAUUUGUUACUUGAUGAUCACUGGUGUGUGGCACCUGACUUCUCGGCACUAAAUUGCAUUCUCAAGCACUCACCAGUUCUAGAGAAGCUCACUCUUCAACUUUUCUCUGAGGGUCCUCAACAUAAAAUAGAAAUGAUAGCAAUACUCACUUCAAUGGACAGAUCAGUUGCAGUAUCAGAACACCUCAAGGCAAUUGAAAUAAAAUGUGAAGUGGUUGGUGAGGAAGUUCACAAAGUUUUGAAGUUUUAUGUUCAUUUAAUAUAUCUUUCAUAUUCAAGUAGGCGGGAGAAGAUUUUAGCUCUCGAUGGAUCAUUCAUCUUGACCAUUCAGGAGCGUACGGUUGAAGUUUGCUGUGGCAAGGUUGGCAUCAUCAAUUCCAGUCACUGCGACACCUCCGAGGAGGGGGACGCCGCCGCCGACCGCCACGAGCCACGGCUGCAGGCUGCAAUGAAACAGGUUCUCCAACGACGACGGUUCCAAGGAAGGAACGACGCCGAGGGCGCCACCGCCGCCCGCCUGAGCGAACUCAGGCAAGGUUUUCACUGA